CAGCAGCCCGCGUGCCACGCUUCCAUGCUCACUGCCACGCGUCAUUCUCCCUUUUUUGCACCACCCUCCUUGAGCGUGUGUGUGUGCGUGUGCCUCCACGUGCAGAUAUCCACUGUGUUCACAACAACCAGAAGACCAGACGUUGGCACACGCAAUCGGCACUGAGCCCUUGCAGUGAGGCCACCGCACCGCUCGCAACCUCAUUUUUCACCGCGUUCAGUUGAACUUCUCUCGAAGCGCACCCACAACCAUGUCGCACCACAACAAGCAACCCCGCCACUACGCUCAAGGCCGCCACCCACAGUACUCGCCCUACCACCAGCAGCAGCAGCAACAUCAGCAGCACCUCCCGCACCACGCUCGCCACCACCAGCCGCACCAGCCCGGUCAUACAUUCACCCCAACCAUGCAGCCCAUGGCACAGCAGUACUUUCAACCCACCCACGUCGCCCCGCCCAUGCACGCCCAAAUGCAGGCCGGCACGACGCCCAUGGGCGUGCCCAGCUCUUACGCCAGCCCGUAUGGCUCGCACAUGAUUGCCCCACAGCACCAGCAGCACCAGCAGCAGCCACACACCAUGCCUGGCCAGCCUCCUCACCAGCACGGCCAGCGCCAGCCCAUGCCCUUGCGCACAGGUCCCACCAUGCCAGCUUCCACCACCGCCGCAACCAACCCCACCACCACGACGCCAUCUGCUCCGCCGAGCAGCAAGCCGGCCGGAAGCACGCUCCUCUUCAAGCUCGGAGAUAAGCCGCCCACCCCGACCACCCCUGAGGUGCAAGGCGACGCCACAAAGUCAGUCCAGCAACCGCAGAAGGAACUGGAGGAGGCAGCCACGCCCCCGGCCGCCACCAUUACCAAGCCCACAGGACCCAAGCGCCUCUUUGAGAUUACCAAGCCCAAGGAAGAGGAGGCGGACAAGAACGCAAAGCCCGCCCAGGAGCCCGCCAAGGCACCCGAGCCGCAAGCCCCGGCACCGGCUGCCGUCGCCACCACCACCGCCUCCGCCGCCGAGCAGCCCAGCAAGAAGGAAGAGGAGCAGGCCCCAGCACCAAAGGCAGAGGCACCAGCCAGCAGCGCUGCGCCCCAGGCUGCCGAGGCCACGCAAGCACAACAGCCCGUCAGCGAGCAAGCGCAUCCCGCUGACCAGGAACAGCAGGAGCAACAACAAGAGGAAGCAGUCGAAGAAGAGGAGGAAGAGGACCAAACCCCACCAUCUCCCUUGCCCUUCGAGGGACCCUACACCAUGGCUUUUAUGAUGAGCCUGCGCGGGAAGCCCCAGUGUCGGGAAUCCCCAACCAACCCCAACAAGUCGCUCAGUGGUCUUCUUCCAGGCUGCAAGAACCCGCUCAACCAGUUCGGCCGCGCCCGCACAGACGAUCGCCCGAGCCGCCAGCCUCGCACAGGCCCCAACAACCAAUCCUCCUCGCUGCUUGUUGGUGGCACCCGCCGUCGUGGCGGUGGUCGCCGGCCCAUGCCGCCACCCCAGGCUCGUGGCCCACACCUCAUCUCCGUCCACAUCCCCGACACGGAUGUCACUCUCAAGCGCUCCGAGAACGCAUUCAAGCGAGGCGAGCAGAGCAUCAUUGGCAACCUUCGUGGCCACCUGGGCAAGAUCACCCUGGACAACUUUGACGAUAUUGUCCUUGACAUUAUCCAGGAGGCAGAGCAGCUCCCUCCUGACAGCGAGGAGUUUGACAAGUUCAUCGAGCUCAUCCAGGACACGGCCAAGGAUAGCGAGUUCUUCUCCAUGAUCUACGCAAAGCUGUGCAAGUCCCUGAGCAGAGCGCGAACGGAGAAGUUGGGGGCCAAGUUCCCCACCUUCCAGAACAAACUCCUGGCCAUUUGCAAGAAGGAUGUGCAGGAAGACUUCAAGACACUUGACACGGAGAUCAAGAAGCUCGAGAAGAUUGUCAAGGAGCUGCAGCAAGGCAACCCCAACGAUCCCGAGCUUCAGAAGCAGGGCGACGAGCUGUACACGCUCAACCGCAAGCGCCAGAAGCUCAUUGGCAACGCUGUCUUCGUCGCUGAGCUCUUCAACGAAACUGUGGUGAGCCUUGACCUGCUCAAGCAGGUUGUGGAGACGUACUGGAAGCAGAACGAGGCCGAAGACGCGGUCAUGUGCAUGUGCAAGAUUGUGGAGAAGGCAGGCGCCAAGCUUGAGAAGGAGCAGAAGCCGCUCCUCGAGGAGUACCUCGGCCGACUCUCCGGCUGCAAGCACAUCCCCAACAAGCUCCAGUUCUUCAUCAUGGACAUCAAGGACCUUCGCAAGAAGGGAUGGGUCAAGCCUGAAGAUGGUCCGCGCAAGCGCAAGGAUGUUAUUGCCGAGGCGCAGGCUGAGAUGAAGUCACAUGGCCGCCCGCUGCAGGGCAGGCGCACCAGCUCCUCCUCACAGCCGGGUGCAAAGGCAAAGAUGACGCAGGAGCGCCGCGACGUGAACAAGAUUGGUCUUCAGGGCAAGCUUGCGCCCAUGCGCCGCGCCAACCAGGCGUCCCGCUUCUCCCGCGGUUCCCGCCCGACGCUGCCCGGAAGCCAGUCAGCCACGCCGGCCCCAAGCAAGCCCGCCAACCGCUACAAGCUCCUUGGCGAGGCUGAGCCCACUCCCGAGCCUGAGACCCCUGCCGCAGAGCCCGCCCAGGACCUCGACAAGCUCAAGCGCUCCUGCAGGAACACCAUUGAGGAGUAUGUGCUGAACAAGGACGACAAAGAGCUGUACGCGUGCGUGCGUGAGCUUGGCGAGGACCAGUACCACGUGUUUGUGUCUGAGCUUGUGGCCGACCUGUUUGGUCUGAUCAAGGCCCCGAAGCGCGAGGCCCUCCUCCAGCUGCUGCAGAAGCUCAUGUCCGAGAAGAUUCUCACCCACAAGCACGCCCUGCAAGCCACGCACGACCGCCUGGAGACGCUCGAUGACGACAGCAUGGACUCGCCAAAGGCCCCUGCAUUCCUGGCGCAGUUUGUUGUCAACGGUCUUGACGACAACGAGAUUGAGACGCUGCUGAAGGAUGAGUCCACGCUCAAGCCGCUGAUGAACCCCUUCAGCUUUGUUGUUGAGGUUGUUGCCGCCAUGAACGAAGCCAAGGGCGAGGAAGCCGCCAAGAAGCUCACCGCUGCCCUGGGCGGUGACCUGUCCUCCUUCCAGAAGAGGAAGAACGAGGCGCUGUUUAAGCGCACGCUGGAGCGCAAGGGCUUGUCCUUCCUGCUGCCCACGGAAGCUUAACGCGUUUGCAACCUCGUUCCUCUUUGGCUAAGCUAAUUCGUCUCUGUUGUGAUUUAUUUUAUUGUCCAAGCUACGUCGGUUGGCUUCCUCAUCGUGCUGAUCCGGCCGCUCUUUUUGUUUGCUCUGUGUGUGUGUGUGUGUGUGCGCGCGCUUUGUUGUGCGUUUCUUUCUCUCGUGCGCUGUCAGCGUGUUUUGUUUUUGUUUUUUGUUUUUUGCCUGUAAGGGCUCAACUGUCCUGAGCGAUGUGUAACCGUAUCCGUGGUUCAUUUCAUUACAUUAACGACAAACAAACAUAAAGUACAACACCGCCAA